ACACUUGAGGGUUACUGCCAGUAAGCCUCGUCAGCAAUAACCACCUCGUUUUAUCAACUCUCAGCUCAUUAUCUCUCAGCAAUAUCAAUAUCCAUGGUAAACUUCGCGGAGCUCAAGCAGAAGGCAGAGAAGGCCAAAGAUGCAAGCGUCACAAAGAUGGUGAACACAAGGGACAAAUAUUCCAGUGUUCCCUCUUCAAAAACGAAUUGGGAUCCUAACUGGAAACGUGCGCCUCCACCUGCUCCAGCAGGGUCGUCGGGUGAUGGCCCUCCACCGCCUCCGCUGCGAACACGUCCAGAUGCUUCUGGAAGCUCAAGAAGCUCUGUUACUUCACCCCCUCCUCCCUUGGCCCACGGCUCACGGCCCGGUGCUCCUGCCUCACCAUCUUAUAACCAUAUUUCUCUUCCACCCACACGCGCCAGGAGCUCUUAUCCAUCUCAGACGGGAUCAAUAGGUCAAGUGGAUCACAUAGAUUGGGCAAAUUUGUCGCAGGAAGACAAGGAUGAAUUUUUUAGCUGGCUGGACGAAUUUUUCUCCCGAUAUCUCGAUAUCGCUCUACCUUCCACUGCAGGAAGUCGUGCGGUCACAAUACAGUCAGCUGGACCUCCGCCGGUCAAUCUCAAUUCACGACCAUAUUGAUGAAUGGUCACUUUGAUCUGAAUAGUCCACCUUUACGGAGCCUGAAAGAUUAAUGCAUAGUUGUCAAUGAAUGACUGCGAAAAUAUCCAACACCUGUGAGGCUACAACAUCACGACUAAAAUACAGAUACAAAAGAGGAAUUUGGGAUAUAGGUAUUCCGACAUGUGAUGACAUUCGGAUGUCAGCUAGGUACACCAGAUUUACCGUGACGGUCGUACGCAGUCAGGAUGAGGUGUUCGGUACAAGUUUUGCACCCGGCGGUCUUCCGUCACCACCUAUGAC